AUGACGAUGGAGGAGGCGCCUCAAAACCCCCCGGGUGAGGGCCUCGCGCCUCCAAAUGGAACCGCAAAGCCCGAAGCGGAGAACAAUAACGUGCCACCUCCCAAACCAGCGUCCUCAGUCGCGGAUUCUCUAGGAUCGAGGAGUCAGGCUAAGGUUGCGAUCCCGAGAUCCCGUGGGGGUAUCAUUCCCAGAUAUAAUCGCCGGGUUCCGCGGGCUUGUGAAUCGUGUCGGGCGCGCAAGACAAAGUGUAGUGGUGAUACGCCGGUUUGUCGCCAGUGUCGGGAGUUGAGGGUUACUUGCAAUUAUCCAGUUGGGUGGAAGGAGAGAACUAAAAGACAAGUAGACAAUCUUUCAGAAAAAGCGCAAGAAUAUGAAAAUCUUCUCAAGGAGUUAGGUCAUUUGGUGGAGACUCGUACUGCAGACCGAAUCAGGAGCUUGCUGGACAAGCAUGGCACGGAUGUCGACUACUCCUCUAAUAGUAACAGCAAUCAAUCUCAUUCGGUUACUCCCAAUGACGACCCUCCAGAGGAUGAUAAUGAUGAAAUGAGCUCGCCUUCAUCGAUUGGAUCACUUGAAGCGAUUGACCGCGUGGAGGAGGAUUUGAACCGAAACGAAAAAUCGAGGGCGACUGGGUUUAUGGGGAAGAACUCUGAGGUUACGUGGAUGCAACGACUUCAAAGGGAGGCGGAGCAUAGGUUAAGGGGAUUACCGGGGUCUUUGGAGCCAGGGCAGAGUAAGCGGCAGGACGAUGAUCUUGCUCUACAUGCUGUGAGUUACCAUCUCGACGACCUCGACAUCUCCGUGCCCGGACCGGUCGAACUUUACGCCAUGCCCCCUCGACAUGUGGCCGAUAAAUUGUUCGAUGAUUACUUGAGGACUGUACAUCCAUUCUUUCCCAUUAUAAACCGACCUCUGUUCUCCGCACAAUACCGAACAUUCUUCGACAGCAAUGCACGGCCUGGCGACAAGUGGCUCGCAAUCUUGAACAUGAUUUUCGCAAUUGGCGCGAAACAUGCUCAUCUUUUAGAGGCACCGUGGCAAGGAGAUGAGCGGGAUCAUCUGGUAUACCUGACGCGAGCCAGAAUUCUAAGCAUGAAUGGCGAUGUACUGUUCAGCCAUCCCGAUCUCCAACAGGUCCAGGUUGAGGGCCUGAUCGCUUUCUAUCUACUUGCAUCCGACCAGAUUAAUCGUGCAUGGCGCAUCUCUGCCUUGGCAGUGCGGUCCGCUAUCACGCUCGGCAUUAACAUGAAGAGUAGUAGCACCACAACCCCGAACAUCUCUAAAGAGGCUCGUUAUAGGGUAUGGUGGUGUCUCUACACGUUCGAGCAUAUGCUAGGUAUCAUGACUGGCCGGGCUACCUGUAUUCUCGAUGGUAUCUGCACCACGCCCCUGCCACUUCCCUUUGAAGAAGAACAAUUGCAGGAACCUCAAGCUGCAGAGGUCCUCAACAACACUCAUAUCCGAGAUGAGCGCAUCAACGUGGUAAUGGCUAGCGCUUGGGUUCGACACAUGCCGUUAAAUCCUACCGGUGGCAAGCCAGCCACACACUCAUCACGAAAACGCGACAACUCGUGGGUGAAAAGUAUUCCUUUCAACUCGGGUCUCUGCCACUUGUACUAUUGCGAUCUGGCAGUUGUUGUGCAAGAGAUUGUGAACAAGGUGUACUCCGUGGACUGCGUAAUGGUGCCUUGGAAACACAUUGAGAACCGAAUCGGCGAGCUGCGCUCUCGAAUCGACCUCUGGUUCCAGAGUAUUCCCACGUUCCUCGAUUUCACCGGCAAGGAAGAUGAGGGCCCGGAGCUACUCCGCUGCAAACUUGCCCUCGCCUUCCACUACUAUAGUGCGCGGAUCACUCUAGGUCGGCCUUGUCUCUGUCGGCGGGACGCGCAGAAGAAAAGCCCUGCUGAGAGAACGAACUUUAGCCACGAAAUGGCCGUGUUGACCCUCGAGUCCGCUGAGCGCAUGCUAGACCUGAUCCCCGAUGAGCCGAACGCGGUCCAACUCUACGAGAUCUCCCCCUGGUGGUGCAUCCUGCACUAUCUGAUGCAAGCGGUAACGGUGCUGCUCCUCGAGCUCUCCUUUGGCACUGUGCAUGCGCCCAAUUCAGAAAAGCAAUUCCUCUUGCUAGCCAAGAAAGGAAUUCGCUGGCUUUACUCCAUGUCUGAGCAUAGCAUCGCCUCACGCCGCGCCUGGCAGCUCUGCGAUAUUAGCCUGCGCCGCCUCGCUUCUGGCAUGAGCUUUGAUGUCAGCGACAUGCCCUCCCACACAUACCACCCUGCACCUACGUCUACCCUCUCUCUCCCCGAAACCCAACACGCGAACCAAGGCACCACGCAAGAAACAAACGAUUACUGGGGCCCCGCUCUUGAGGACCUCUCCUUGAGCAACCACACCCAAGGAGCAAGUCAGGAGUCCAAUCUCGGGAAUCACCCUUACGCGUCCUACCCGACAUUCUCAAACAUGCCUACCACCGACCCGAUGACUGGCCUCCAGGCCGAGGCCCCAACUACGGAUGAUUUGUAUUUCCCGUAUGAUCCUAUUAGCGGUGAAUUCAUCCGCUCGUUCUUCCCGCUUCCCAAUGAGGAAGCGAACUGGGAUCCAAAUUGA